UAAAAUUUACAUACAUAAAUUAAAUAGUUAUGGGGACUAAUUUUUAUUUGGUCUUUCAAAAAAUUGUUUCUUGUAGGUCUUCAAUAUAUGGAUCUCAUUUGGCGCAUUCACCGCAAAUCGGCUCAUUGCAACUCCAGAAAACGAACAGACAACACCACUGCAAAAUGGGCGACAGUGUGGACUUGGAAAAGUGCUUUGAAGUGGUCAGCAAUCUGGUAUCCGAGGCUGGACGGUUAAUCGCUCGCAAUAAUGAGACCCGUCAGGAAUUCGUGACCAAGAGCAACGACAUCGACCUGGUGACCCAAACGGACAAGGAUGUGGAGCAGCUGCUGAUGGACGGCAUUCGCCGGCAUUUUCCGGAUCACAAAUUCAUAGGCGAGGAGGAGAGCAGCGGAGAGGGGGGCGUCAAGAAGCUGACCAAUGACCCCACCUGGAUCAUCGAUCCCGUGGACGGAACCAUGAACUUUGUGCACGCCUUUCCCCACUCGUGCAUCUCCGUGGGUCUGAAGGUGAACAAGGUCACGGAGUUGGGCCUGGUCUACAACCCCAUCCUGGAGCAGCGCUUCACCGCCAGACGGGGCCAUGGAGCCUUCUACAACGGCCGGAGGAUCCAUGUGAGUGGCCAGCAGGAGCUGGGCAAGGCGCUGAUCACCACCGAAUUUGGAACCACUCGCGACGAGGCCAAGAUGAAGGUUGUCAACGAGAACUUCGAGAAGAUGGCCAAAAAGGCGCACGGUUUACGCGCUUUGGGUUCGGCAGCACUUAACAUGUCCAUGGUUGCCCUAGGAGCUGUCGAUGCCAACUAUGAGUUCGGCAUCCAUGCAUGGGAUGUUUGUGCCGGGGACUUGAUUGUUCGCGAGGCUGGUGGAGUGGUCAUCGAUCCUGCUGGCGGGGAGUUCGACAUCAUGUCGCGCAGGGUCCUGGCAGCAGCCACGCCCCAAUUGGCCCAGGAAAUCACCAAAGUGCUGACGCAGUUCUAUCCUCUUCCUCGCGAUGAUUGAGCAGGAAAACCGUUAUCGACUUAAACAGGGGAGCAAUGUAACUCCAUUCCAUACUAACCAGAUAAACGCAUUUCAACUGUGCCGAUCAUGUACCUAACAAUUUAAAUGAAUACGCCUAGUCAUGCAUAUUCCAAAUAAAUCGUUUUAUGUAUACAAA